AUGAAAAGGAGCUCAGAAUUCUUUGUGGGUGAAAGAUGCAAACUGACGAAUAGUACAAGGAAAACAUUUGUAAAUAUUAUAAGUUCCAAUCAUUUUCGGAACUUUCAAAACCCUUGGCGGCAUCGCAUCCUCCCGCUCCCAUUUGAGAGCACACACACAGUCACACAGAGACACACUAGGGGUGAUCCAGUCGCAGUCGCUGCCCCUCUCGCUCUUGCCGCCGUCCUUCGUCCACCAUACAGAUACAAGUUGGAAAUGGGGCAACAACUCCACCAUCACCACCAGGCAGUAGAUGGACUAGUGAAUCUGUUUACCAAGGCCAACAACGACCUCAUUAUAGUCCAUAAUCGCCUAGAGAAAGAGUUUCGAGAAACAUAUCCUGAUAACGCAAAUCCCAUGAAGCUUGUGUCUAGGAUCAAGAAGAUCCAAGAAGAAUUGCCAUCUCUAAAAGAGCAAUGCCGUGAGUUACUCUCAGCCAAGCAGGAUUUAAUUGAUAAAGCAAGGACAACUAUCGUUGGGAACAGAGCAUCAUUGCAGAGGUUGCAAUCUUCCAUGGGCAUCCCUGUCACUAGUGAUUCUGAUGAUCCUUCGUUUACAAAUUUUAAUCAGGUUAUUGAUGAAUGGGCAGUACAAGUGAGAUCUAGAACAGGAGAUGAGGGACAUGAAGGUUCUGAGGAUAUUAACAAGAUGCUAUUCUCUGCAAUUGUUCAAGGUAACUAAACCACUGAUCAUGAUUCAUGAACCUGUGGUUUAGGUUGAGUCCAAAUGGAUGAUAAUUAGAAGCAUUGCUUCAAGCUCUUUAACAAUAUGUGUUUGAGUUGUGUAAACUAAAAGACGAUUACUCACCCAACAAAAUUUAGAAAUGAUGAUGCAUGGGUUUGUAUAUAACUAGCGAGAGUUCUGAAUUCUUUCUUUGAAACAUUGAAUGAGGAUCUGUGAAGCUUGGUAUAUGAUCAGAGUUUUGUAUUUUAUA